AUGGGUUUUCCCAAAUUUAACUUGAUGAUUGCUACCAAAACUUACGAUGAUGGGAAGAUUCUGCGGAGAAGAACACAUCGACUUCGUACCAAGUACGGCUGGUUGGCUUUUGUGCACUAUCUCUGGGAGAUUCCUGUAGCUGAUCCCAUUGAAGCACCUGUUGUAGCUGAUCCGGCUCAUGUAGCUGAUCCCAUUGAAGCACUUGUUGUAGCUGAUCCCAUUGAAGCACCUGUUGUAGCUGAUCCGGCUCAUGUAGCUGAUACCAUUGAAGCACCUGUUGCAGCAGACAUUGUGGAAGAAGCUGCACCAAUUGCUGCUGCCAUCGCCAAUGCACAAGAAGCUCCUCAUGUGCCAGUCCCAAUUAAAGGCUAUGAAGGGAAUGAAGUUUUUUACAAAAAAUGUGAACUCAAGGAGAUAAAUUUGCUGCUGAGAGAGAGGGAUUUACCAAUUGCUGCUGCCAUAGCGAACUCACAAGAAGCUGCUCCUCAUGACAUAAAUCAUCAACAGAAAUGUGAGCUCAAGGAGAUAAGUUUGCUGCUGAGGGAGAGAGAGAAACAAGAUGCUCCCAUUGAGGCACCUGUUGUAGCUGACAUUGUUGCAGCAGACAUUGUGGAAGAAGAAGCUGCUCCUCAUGUUCCAGUGCCACGAUAUGAAAGGUUUGUUCACUAG